GCAGUUGCGACGCCUCAGAAUCUCUCAAAACUCGGACUCUACGGAGCUCCGAAUAGCUAUUGCCAAAUUUCCGAAUGGAAUUGAAGUGAAAGAUUUGAUCCAGUGAUUGAAGUCUUGUUUAUUAUCGUUUCUAUCAACAUAUUCAUCACAUAUGUCACUGCUAUGGGCAUAAUUCUACUUUGAACAGUUGGAAGUGACCAGGAGUAAGUACCAAAAACUCGGAACCAUAGAAUUGCUUUUUUCUAAAUGCCAUCCACAUGUACCACGAAGCUGUGCUCCCUUGCAUUGUUCCAGCAGAGUUCUUUUUUUCAACUCCGUGACUCAAAAAGUUACAAGUUCUUUUGCGAUCGACAAAUAUAUGCAAGUGUUGACAUUGGAGAGAUGUAUAUCUCAUUUCAUCGCCAUUCAUCCAAAUUCUUUACCAUCUCUGUAUUGUUCUUACAAUGACAUCGAUACCCAUAUUAUCACGACAAAUCAUCAUAUCCAGCCAUAAUGAAGGCCCUGCGGUUAAUCUUGUAUCAUGGAUAGGGUUGAGUACAAUGAUACUGAGUGUUGGAGCGAGGCUUGGGAGUAAAUUUAUGGUUGUGAGGCGAUGGAGUACAGACGAUAGUUUGAUCAUAGUUGCGAUGUUCUUUGGGAUAUGUCAUAGUAUUUUUCUUUCAAUGAUGGUUAAUAAUGGACUUGGUCGGGAUCAAGAUACUCUCAACAGGAAGGAGCUGGAAAACUACCAAAAAUAUGCUUACGCAUCCCAAUUGGUUUAUAUUCCGACUCUCUGCUUUGCGAAACUAAGUACAUUGUUCUAUUUACGAGCCUUAACGCCGGACUCCAAUUACGCAAUAUUCAAUCGAAUUACCGAGAUAUGUGUGAUAUUAUGGGCUUUAAGCGCCGAGAUUUCUAUCGUGUUCCAGUGCGACAUGCCGAACCCUUGGGCCAUUCUUUCUACAGGCAAAUGUUUCAAUAUCGGCGCAUUCUGGAAAGCUAUUGGGGCCUUUGACAUAGCAACUGAUUGUGACAUCAUAUUGUUGCCGAUAUUUCUCGUUUGGGGACUUCAGAUGCCGUUGAGGCGCAAAGCCCUUGUUUUCAUAGCAUUUGGGACUAGAAUAUUCAUUUUACCCUUAUCAAUAGUGCGACUCGUCGUGAUUUCUUCUUCGGGAUCUCCCACGCUUCCAAAUCAAACACUAAUUUCAUAUCACAAUUACCUCUGGACCUCUGUCCACCUAAACUCUGCCAUUUUCUUCGCAUGCUUGUCAUUCCUCAAACCAUUUAUGGAAUCAAUGUCAUCCGGUGGUCUUGCCGCAUCCGUCAAUCCAAUGGAUUCAUCCUACAGCAACAAGCAAUCCCCCUCCAAUUCAAAGUUAAGCAACUUCAUCUCUUCUCAAUCUGGUUGGAAAGCCUCCAAGAAGAAUUCUUCCAGGCCACCACAAGAGCUUCGCACUAUAUCAACGUUUCAAGACUACGAUGAAGAUGACGAAAUCUUGACUCCUACCACCACAUCUCCAAAUUCUAAUCUCAAAAGAUCGUCACCUAUGUUUAAUAUUCGAUUCAAUAAUACAGAUGCGAAUGGGAAGCUGAGUUGCGAAGGAGAGGAACUUGGCACGUUGAGACCUGACGGAGCGAUGACCUUUGCGCAUAUUAGACGCUCGACACCAGAUGAUGCCGCGGAAAGGAGUACGGUUGGUAGUGAUAAGAUGAUUAUUAGACGUACUACUGAAUGGGACGUGCGAGAAGACUUCGAGAGCAUUAGGGGAAGAAGGACUCAUUCUGGAGAUCGAGGCGUUGAUGAAGAGGACUAUGAGAUACACAAGGCUAGUAUGGAGAGGGGAGAUGAUAAAAAUUGGGGUGAGAGAGGUACACAUUUUGCUGGGUAGAUGGUGGUGUCAAAGAUCUGAAACGGAGAUGAAAAUUCAUACCUAAUGGAACAUGGACGACGGUUUGCAAAGGCUAAACACAGGAUAUACCACAAGGUCAGGGAAGGCGAAUUAACGGUUGGUGUUCAUGGAUAUCGGGUGAAAGGAUUAAUUGGGCCUACUGGAUGGGAUAUAACUCACUACUUGCACAGUUUCAUUUGUUUUGUGUCAAAAAUAAUAGCAUAAUCAAUCAUUCAU